AUGUCAAACGCUGAAAACACAUCUGAAAAGUCGGAAAAGUGGAAAAGUGUUACUGAUCCGAAGAAAGUUCUCGAAGCGUACUAUUCCGAAGGCAAUUAUUAUCACUAUGGUGAUAUCGUUGAGCUGGCACAAAUGACAGGACUUUCUCAUAAAAAUGUCCGUGACACCCUAUGCCGCUUCCGAAAACGAGAUGAAAAGGCCGGGAAAUUCGUACCACCCCCUCCCCGUCAACAGAAUGAAUUUAGUGAUGAGCAACGGGAGAUUCUAGAGGACACAUUCGAGAAGCAUCCACUGAUGGGACAAUGGACACCAGAGAAGACGAGAGAGAUUUGUGAGAUAACUGGGUUGAAAGUGAAACAAGUCAAUAAUUGGUUAUGUCAUCAACGGAGGAAACUGGAUGGACGAGGGAAUGAGAAGGAUCGGAGGAGACGGAGAAUGAUAAAGCUUGAGAAGAUCAGAUUGGGCACUGCGAGAGUCAGCGCGUUCUCACCACCUGAGCUGGAUCUAAUGGAGGCCCUUCAUUUGAAGGCGGAGCUUGCUGAAAUUGGUGGAAAACAAUUCAAGAUACCGUAUGGAGAGCUGGUGGAGAAAACUGGAAAAGAUCGGAAAAAAAUCCGCGACUGGUUCUCGAAACGAAAAUUGAGAGACAAGAAUUUUGUGAAAUUGAUGGAAAAUCAAAAAAUUGAGCAAAUUCAAAAUGAGGAAAUCGAAGAUGAGCCAUCGGGUAGUAAUCAGGAGCCAACGCCGCCAAACGACUUGCAUCAAAAUCUACAGACGAUUCUUAACAGCUUAAUUUUUCCUGAUAACCCGAUAUAA